GGAAAACGGGAGAAAAACACCGAUCCAAAUGGUUCUGUUCAGCGGAAGGAUACGGUCGUUCUGCGGUCUGGUAAUGCUUCGGGAUUGAGCGGAGAAGCACGCGCAUGGAUGGCAGCGGUGAUGCGGCUCCAGCGUUUUUUUAGGCUGGAAGGAAAGAGGCUGCCGCUCGAGCGGGUGGAGACUGCUCGGCGUUUAAAUCCCCCGGGCUGGUUUUUCACAUUUUACCAACUAAUUACUUUCUUUUUUUAAUUUUUCUUUGUGCCGCUGGAUUUUUUGUACUUUAAUGUCGCCAAUACCAGGUCUGUAAGGGCGUCGUUGUUGGGAAGUUUUUCACGGGGGGGUCGGCCAGCGUAGGGCCAUGGCAGUCGAGGCUCGGCCGGAGCUGGUCGGGAAGCGGUUCCUCUGUGUCGGCGGGGACGAGCCGCCUGAGCUGGGGAACCUCGCCCGGUGGCCGUGGAGGUCUGGGGUCAUACGGGCUGUGAACCACCGUGACGGCGACGAGCUGACGGUCUAUGUGGAAUUUGAUGACCAGGAGUGGGAGAAGAGAGAGUGGGUCAAGGUCUAUGAGGAUUUCCAGCUGUUUCUGUUGGAGCACCAGCUGGUCUGGGCCAAGAGGAAGGAGGGAGCCGCAGGAGGCGCAGGAGCAGGAGGCCUGCUGCCGGGAACCAAGGCCAAGCACAUACAGUGGCCGGCUCUGGCGUUUAAGCCGGUGGUGGGGAAGAACUUGCUGUCGUCAGUAACGGCGGUGGAAUUCUUGUUGGAUCGAAGACUGGACUUCCUGUCAGAGCAUUCAGCCUGCCAACCAUACCAGGAUGAGGUGGACAGUCAGAAUCCACUGUUCAGAGACAAUCCACAGCUCCAUGAAGAAGUGAAGAGCUGGCUCAAAGACCAGAAGGUGCAGGAAAUUUUUAUGCAAGGACCCUACUCCCUGAAUGGCUACCGAGUGCGAGUGUACAGACAGGAUUCAGCCACCCAGUGGUUCACGGGCAUCAUUACUCACCACGACCUUUUCAGCCGAAACAUGGUUGUCAUGAACGACCAGGUGCUAGAGCCUCAGAACGUGGAUCCAUCAAUGGUCCAGAUGACCUUCCUGGAUGACGUGGUCCAUUCUUUGCUGAAAGGAGAGAACAUCGGCAUCACGUCCAGACGAAGGUCGCGGUCCAGCCAGAACAGUAACACAGCCCAUAUGGCAGGAGGCCGACCCGGCGGAACCACUGGAAACUCUCAGAGUCAUUAUACACGAGCUCAAGCGAACAGCCCCCGCCCAGUGAUGACAUCAUCAGGACCCAACCCUAAAAGCUCCCCCCAGCAGCAAAGUCAGCCUCAGCAAGUCCAGCUGGCAGUCAACCAGUUGCAUCACUCCCCCAGUGGGCGCGAGCAGAGAGAGCCGCGCACCUCCCGCUCCUCCAGGAGGAAAGGUUCCGACAGCAGCGUCCCAGAGGAGGACAAGGAGGCGACGGGUCGAGAGUCCAAGGCCAAAGUGAAGCAGACGAUGAACAAACGCAGGAAAGGAGAAGAAGAUGAGAAGAAAGCAGGAUUAAAGAGGCUGAAGACUGAAGUGACCUCUGACCUGUCGGACUGCAGCGACUCUGAAAACCUCCACAACAAGAGAACCACUGACUCAUCCUGCUGCUCUUCCUCCUCCUCAUCCCUGUCAUCUUCGUCCUCUUCUUCCUCCUCCUCCUCAGAGGCAAACUCUGAGAAUGAACUAAAGAUGCGCAGCAGUGAUGAGGUACAAAGUACCAUUUCCCAAGUGGAGGAGGAGGAGGAGAAGCCAGGGGUGAAGGGACCUAAAAUGAAUGACUCCUCCUCUCUCGUUGGUCACUUAUCCCCGUGGGCAGACAUGGAGGCAGCAGAGAAGCUGAAGAAGAGUGUGCUAAAGGACUCAGUAAAAAUGAUGACAAAGGAGGAGGAAGAGCUGGUGGCAGUGACUCAGAUCACUCAGUCUCCUCUUCAGCAGUCGCAGCUGAUGGUGGAUAUGAGCCAGGGUGGAGCCAUGGAGAACAUCAAGAACACUGUGAAAGUUCCGGGUGGCGGCGUCAUUGACAUCACAGAUGAUGCCCAGGCCACCGUGCACAGAGAGAGCUCGGAGGCCGUGUCAGCGCUGCUGGCGUCCCAGAAGGCCGAGUCCACGGCCCUCUCGCCGUACCUCCCGCUCAACCCCUCUCCCGUGUCAUCGCCUCCUGUGCCCCCCGCCUCCUCUCCAUCAGAGGGGUGUCGCAGGACGGACGUGGAGUCGCACGUCAAGCAGCACGGCUUCAUGGGAGGCAGUGUCACGCCAGCCAAGAGCAGCAAAAUGGAGUUUGGUUCGUCUGAAGUCAUCAGAUCAGUCUCCUCCAUGAAUGACAGCUUGGCUGUAACGGAGAAGGAGAAAAACGUCCCCCCCCAUCCUCAACAGCAGCAUGAGCAGCAGUACACACCCACCCCCUCCAGCACAGCUCCAGCUUUUUCAGACGAGGCAAAAAAAUUACCCCCCUACAAAAUGAACUCAAGCGCCCCCACAGACUCGGUCAAAUCCAAAACCAGCCCCAGUCCAAACCCCAGCUCCUCCCAGUUUGAGUCCUUAAGGCAGAAGUCUCCCAGCUCCUCCCAGAACCAGCACCACACUGACUCGGCUGACGUUAAGGCCAAGCCCAGCCCCAGCAUGCUGGAUGUCUCCAAACCCAGACCCAACACAUCCCCGGACAUCUCCAAGCAUAAAAUAAUGAGGUACUCUGAGGCCUCCCCCCCACCCGCACGCCUACCCACCAAGGAAGAGCCAGCAGAACCUCAGAGGUCCAGUUUUAAGCCUGUAGUCAUGAGGUCGGAGGCGGGCGCAGUCACCACGGGCAGCAGCACCAAGAGCCCCCUAAUCAUCGACAAGAACGAGACCUUCACUGUUUACAGGGAUCCAGCACUGGUUCAGUCUGACGCCGAGACCUCCAUCUCUGCCAGCUCCUCCAAUCACGUGGCAGCCUACCUGCACCCCCACCUGCACCCCCUGCACCCCUCCUCACCCCACUCGCCCUGCCUAACCCCCGCAUCCCAUCCCCAUGCGACGUCGCACCUGCUGGCUCCUCCUCACUCUUCCGCCCUACCUCACCCCCACCUCCUGGCUUCUGGAAUGCUGCCGGCCAUGCCCCCUCCAGCCACAUCCCUCCUGGGGAGUCACGCUCGACUGGAGUCUCCGGGGAGUUUGGGGCACCUCGCCCUGGCUCACCCUGCAGCCACACACCAGCAGCAAUUCUUACAGGGUCACAGUGGGACGCCGGGGCUCAGCCUUUACCCCAUCCUGUGGCAGUAUCCUAACGGAACACCAGCGUCAUACCCCCCAGGACUCAACCUGCCUCCCACUCCUAAGUGGAUCCAUUCUGAAACUGCUGUGAACUCUGACGGCCCCCUCAGGAGGAACACCACCAGUCCUUGGCUGCACCAGGCUGCUAGUGACAGUCUGGGUUUGCUAAACCACAUUCCAGUCCGCCCCGCCAGCGCCGAUGCCCACCGCCCCCCAGUGAAGAUGACCACGCACUCGAGCCCUUCAAUGACGAAGGCCAGCAUGAGCAUUCAGAAAGAGACGCUGGCGCAGCUGAAACAGGACCAGGUGGACAGAAGUCGUACUCCAGCGGGUAAAGAUGUCCUCCAUCACCGUCUUUACCUGGAUCCUCACAGCAAAGCCCACCUGGCAAACCCACAGGAGGCAGUUCAGGGAGCGGACCGAGCCAUAAAAUACAAAGAGGAGAAUCGUCAGAUUCUGAAGGAAAGCAUCGAGGUCGCCCCCUUCACCGCCAAGAUCCAGCGCUCCAUGGACCCUGGGAUGGAGCGGAGCAGGGAUCCAGCUUUCCCGGUCCCGGUGCGAGCUCUCGCCUCCCAAAGCCCAAAGGCCAGCCUUACCCACCCAAACAUCAUCCACUCGGAGAAAAGCAACUACUUCACCACCCUGUCCAACAGCGUGGUGAACGAGCCUCCGAGACUCUAUCCCUCCAAGGAGAUGGGCCCUUACUACGAGAAGGUUUCUGCCGGGAUGGUGACCAGCGUUGGAGCUGUUGUGCAGAGUCAGGGAAUCCAGUCUCUGGGAAGCUACAGCUCCAAAGCCUCCCUCUCCAAACCGCCCCCCCUGAUAAAGCACCAGCCAGAGGGAGGAGAGGGUCUAGCAGGGAAAAUCACAGAACAGCUGAGUCAGCAGGUCACUCUGGUCCAACAGCAGCAUCACACAGGUGCAGACAGGUUAGAACGCUGCAGUCCUGCCAUUCCUUCUCCCUCCAACCACCACCACCAUCACCACCACCACCACCACCAGCAGCACCAGCUCAGGGCCAUGCCGUCUCUCUACCGGGCUCCAGUCUUCCACCCCCCCACACAGCAGGCGCUGGACUGCAAAGACGCUGUGGAGCGGGAGAAGGAGUGGGAGAAGGAGAGAGCUGGCUUCGCUGGACGUUUGUCUCCACCCACCCUCACACCCAUCCAGCCGGUCAGCCUGGCAAUGGCCGGUACCAAAACGCUGGUGGAGCAGCAGAAGCCCCCCACAUUGUUGCCUGAACUCAGGGACAUCAAAAGUCACAGGGUCAGUACUGCGGUGACCUCUGUGGCUCCGCCCACCAGCGGAGACGUGAUGGCAGAUGGGUGGAGAGGCAGAACAAUGACUCAGGGAAGGGACGCUCUGUUCCCCAGGGAGAAUGACGUAUCGCGGGGGAAGCCUCCGGCAGCAGUGGCCUCAGUCAUCGUGGGUCCAACGUCCACUAAGUACGACAGUCUUGUUGGUGCUAACAGAUCUGGUGCUAUCGUUCAUAAGGAGCCCCCCUCAGGGAGAUUCUACCCUUCCAAGCUGGAGGGGGAAUCUGUGAGGUUUGGAGAAAGUAGAAGAGAGCCUGGAGCUGGAAGGGUGAUCCAGCCUCUGCCCAACAUGGAGGACAAGUGCGCCCAAAGUAAGAACUCUUUCAUGCACGGACCUCUGAGUUCCACCAGCUCUCUGAGCAGGUCUGCUGUGGUAGUCUCAUCAGCUGUUGACGUGCAGAAUAAAACCUCAAAGUCAGCAUUUUCUCCUCGGGAUGAGGUCAAAGCUGGUGUUGGAGGCUGGGCGCUCAGCCAGUCGGCUGCAGAUAAAGAGCGAGAGAACCAUGUGGCGAUUGACUCCCAUGCUAGAUUUUCAGGUUUGUCUUUGCCUCAAACCAAUUCCACAGGAGCCUCCCUCCCCAGCCAAAGCCCCGCCCUGCCGUCGUACUCUGUUUCUGGCUCUCCUCAGCAGUUCUCCUCCUCGUUCAUCCACUUGAAGAAGCACAAAGCAGCUCUGGCUGCAGCCCAGUCAAGAACCAGCCUCCCGACUGCUCCUUCAUCUGCAACAACGGGAAGCCCCACCCUGUCUGAGUCAUCUGACAAGACUCCAAACCACAGUUCCACUCCUCCACCCUCCUCUAGUCAGGGCUCUUCCUCCUCCGUUGAAAGCAGCAGUAGCGGCUCUGCGGCCGGCCGCACGACUCCAGGCAAGUCCAGCCCCGUCCCCAACGGGCAGUCGACAGGGCUGGCUGCAGCUGGCUGUGGACAGCCCAUCAACUACCACAAGCUGAAGAAAGCCUGGUUGACUCGCCACUCGGAGGAGGACAAGAACACAACCGCCACUACAAGCUCCACCACUACCAAAGCAGAGAAGCUGUUCACCACUACAACCAGCUCCUGCAGCACCACAGCCAUGUCUGACAUGAUCAGACCCUGCACCGUCAACCUGAGCGCAUCCACCUCCAACGACGUGGACAUCAGCAAGGAGAGUGGCAGCAAAGUGGAGAGAGACCGGCAGGUGGAGGAGAAGAGCGCUGGAGCUGGUGGGGAGGAGAGGAAGUCCUGUCCACCGUCGAGGCGAGGCCACAAGCGUUCGUAUGACUCCGGCUCGGAAACCGCAGGAGACGACUCGGACGGCAGUGAGAGCAAGAUGGAGGGCAGGGCCAAACGCCAACCCAAACCAACGUACAAGAAAAAGCAGAACGACAUGGCCAGGAGGAAAGGAGACGACAAGGAGGACGAUGACCUCAAGCCCAACGGGAUCUUCAGAUCAGCCCGCGAGAAGACGAAGCUCAAACUGGCCAGCAGCAAUGGGAUCCCCCGCUCCGUGCUGAAGGACUGGAGGAAGGUCAAGAAGCUGAAGCAGACCGGAGAGUCGUUUCUGCAAGACGACUCCUGUUCAGAAAUCGGACCCAACCUCCAGAAGUGCCGGGAGUGCCGGGUGGUCCGCAGCAAGAAGGGGGAGGAGCCAGCGCACUCGCCUGUCUUCUGUCGCUUUUACUAUUUCAGACGGCUGUCCUUCAGUAAGAACGGAGUCAUCCGGAUGGACGGCUUCUCCGCUCCAGACCAGUUUGAUGAUGAGGCUCUGGCCCUGUGGGUCCCCGGAGCGGUGGAAGACCCCCACCUGGAUAAAACCACCGCCAAGUACAUCCUGGGCUUCAUCGGGGACAAGUUCUGUCAGAUGGUGAUGACUGAAAACACUGCAGCCAGCUGGGUCAAGAAGGACGCCAAGAUGGCGUGGAAGCGAGCCGUGAGGGGGGUGAGGGAGAUGUGUGAUGCAUGUGAAGCGACGCUCUUCAACAUCCACUGGGUCUGUCAGAAGUGUGGGUUUGUCGUCUGCUUGGACUGCUACAAGGCCAAGGAGAGAAAGAGUUCCAAGGAUAAAGAACUUUACGUUUGGCUGAAGUGUGUCAAAGGUCAGCCCCACGAUCACAAGCACCUCAUGCCCACUCAGAUCAUACCUGGCACAGCGCUGACAGAGCUGGUGACCUCCAUGCACUUCCUCAGAGACAAACACAACAUCAAGUCGUACUGUUCCUGCGCCAGCAAGCAGAACGCCCUCAACAAGCUGCCCGUCACUAACGGAGUCUCACAGGUUCUCCAGAAUGUUCUGAACCACAGUAACAAGCUGUCCCUGGUGAAGGCCGAACAAGGCUCCCUUCAGAACUCCGAACACGGAGGGAUCAAGGCGGAGACCAACGGGUCGGGGGGAGGGGGCAGCAGUCCAGGGAGCGACGCGGGGCGGGGCGCCUCCGUCACCCCGCCGGAGUCUCAGUCCCCCCUGCACUUCCUGGCUGAUCUGGCGGAGCAGAAAUCCAGGGAGGAAAAGAAGGAGAACAACGAGUCGGUGCUGCUGGGGAAAGCUCUGAAGGAGGAUAAAGACGGGGACGCCCUGGAGGUGCUGCAGCAGUGUAAGACCUCCUCACUGGUGGGCAGCGGCGCCGAGCAGGGCUCCACGCUUCGGGAUCUGCUCACCACCACGGCGGGGAAGCUGAAGCUGGGCUCCACGGAUGCAGGAAUCGCCUUCGCACCGGUCUACUCCACGGCCUCACAGACUGGAAAGGGGGGCCAGGCCAUGCCCAACAUCCUGGAUGACAUCAUCGCUUCGGUGGUGGAGAACAAAAUCCCGGCCAGCCGCCAGAGCAUCACCAAGCUGUCCAUCAAGCAGGAGCAGAUCACCAUGGUAACCAACUCCUGCCCCGCCGCCGCCACGGACGACGCCAAAGCAGACAGGAAGAAGCCGGCGCCUCCAGCAGCAUCAACGCCAGAGGACUCGACCAAUCAGUACCCGGGCAUUCCCCACAGCUGGCUGAGCAACCGGCGGCUGCUGUGGCUGCGAGACCACCGCAACCAGAACAACUGGAAGCUGUUCAGAGAGUGCUGGAAGAAGGGACAGCCGGUCCUGGUGUCGGGGAUCCACAAAAGACUGAACGCCAGCCUGUGGAAGGCCGACUCCUUCAACCAGGAGUUUGCAGACCACCAGGGAGACCUCCUCAACUGCAAAGACCAGGUCGUGUCAAAUUCUGGCAUCAAGGAGUUCUGGGAUGGAUUUGAGGAUCUCACCAAGCGGCCAAAGUCCAAGGAUGGAGAGUCCAUGGUGUACAGACUGAAGGACUGGCCGUCCGGAGAGGAGUUCAUGGCCCUCAUGCCCUCACGGUAUGACGACCUGAUGAAGAACCUCCCCCUUCCAGAGUAUUCUGACCCUGAAGGGGCCCUCAACCUGGCCUCUCAUCUGCCUUCUUUCUUCGUGCGUCCAGACCUGGGGCCGAGGCUCUGCUGCGCAUACGGUGUAGCUGCCUCUCAGGAGCAGGACUUUGGGACCGCCAACCUCCACCUGGAAGUCUCUGACGUGGUCUCGGUUCUGGUCUACGUUGGAGUAGCCAAAGGCAAUGGAGUCCUGUCCAAAACUGGAGUCCUGAAGAGACUUGAAGAGGAGGACCUGGACGAAGGAGUCCGAAAGAGACUGAAAGACUCGAGUGAAACUCCAGGAGCGCUGUGGCACAUCUACCUCAACAAGGACGUCGACAAAGUCCGAGAGUUCCUUCACAAGCUCAGCAAGGAGCAGGGAGCAGACACGCCCCCGGACCAGGACCCAAUCAGAGAGCAGGCCUGGUACCUGAGCAGGAAGCAGCGCCAGCGGCUGCUGGACGAGCACGGAGUCCACGGCUGGACCAUCGUUCAGUUCCUCGGAGACUCUGUCCUCGUACCUGCAGGGGCCAUGCACCAGAUCCAGAACCUUCACAGCUGUGUUCAGGUCAUCAAUGACUUUGUGUCCCCCGAGCAUGUCGUCAAGUCCUUCCAACUGACCCAGGAGCUCCGACCCAACAAAGAAGAGGUCAACUAUGAGGACAAGCUGCAGGUGAAGAACAUCCUGUACCACUGUGUGAAGGAGGCAGUGAGCUCUCUGAAGAGGAGCAGCUCGGACAAAGACGCUGAGGAUCAGGGGUCAUGACCCCCGCUUAGCCCCGCCCAGCAGACGCAGCAGCUCCUCACAUGCAGCAGGCGGUCAGCAGGAGUCCUGACUGUGAGACGCCGGCUGUCUGUAGCCCCUCCCUCUCACCUGUGGGUGCUCCCAGCGCAGCAUCCUCGGCGCAGACCCUCAAAGGGAAGAUCUGGCUGAUCCCAGCAGCAUCACCAGCAGCAGCAUCAGGAUCCAAACCGACAUCUGUGAUGUUAUAAACAGUACAAAUAUCUACGGGGGGGCAGACCUCUGAGAGGCUGUUCUGUUCACUCCCUCUGUCCUCGUCCUCUUUUGUUCCUGUCGUGGUUCUGUUGGGUUUUUGCAUCGUUUCCCUCCCUCUGUGCAGAUGUAUUUAUUUUUUGUGAUUACAAACGUAUUGAUGAGUAUUCAUGUAAAUGUGAGCUGUACAGUCGUUCCUGUUGUUACUGUGAUGGAGAACACACACACACACACACACCAGCUGAUGCCUGUACGGUUGGAAAUGCUCCACAGUCCUCAUGCCAUAAAGCCAGUUUCUGCAGCAGAACUGCCAAACCGUACCACCACUUUGUACAUUUGUAUGAUGUAAAGAAGCAGACGCUUUACACCGAUUCACAGCAUUUUAUGGAAAACUGAUUGCUGUAAAAUUUGCAACAUUUACAGAAAAGAUGUAAUUUAUUUAAGUAAAGAAUUGUCUUACUUUUGUUAAGAUUUACUAUUGUGAACUUUUGAAGUAAAUGGUUAAAAUGAAAAAGUGAAUUAUGAAGUGUAAAUAUAUACAUAUAUACAUUAACCAAGGUAUUUUUUUAAAACAUGGCUUGCUUCAGUUUUAAAUUUUAAAGUGUUACAUGCUUUGUACAUUGAAGUUCUAAAAGGUUUUACAUUUUCCAUUAAAAUGGAUUUAUCAGA